AUGUUAUAUAACAAAGAGCGGGAAGCAAGCAGUAUUAGUAGCUCUGGUCGCAGAACAAAAUUUCACUUCGAUCGUUUUGUACAAAUGGUCCUGUUCAUUGCCACUAAUCCCGAUUAUUGCUGUUCAGUAGCCAGUAUCCGGGACACUGGCAGCAGGCCAGAUCUGAAAAGAGCAGACAUGCUCGAACAGAAAAUCAAAAGUCUAAAUACUGCAUUGGGUUCGAAAUUGAAGGAAGAAAAUCGCCUUGGUGAGUCUCUACAUAACUCCACUACUCCCGCACCCUCGUCUUUGUCGUCACUGCCAAUAUCAUCCUGUGGGAAAAAAUCUUCAGUAGGAUAUAGACCCAAAAGUAGGAAGAAGCAAACUAUUCUUCCUAACGGACAACCAAAAGAGUGCGCUACAUGCGGUGACACCUGGACUUCUCAGUGGAGGAGUGGGCCUAAUGGGAAUGUUGAGCUUUGCAGCCGAUGUGGCAUAGCAUACAGGAAGAAAAUGGAAAAAAAAAUACGAUCCCAACAAUCUACCGAAAAUAGUAUCAAAAAUUUUGUUUUUAACAAUAAGUAA